CUUUAAACCACAGCAGCUGCAAAACGGACAGUCAGAAAGAAACAGCGAAGCAAAAGACCAAUCAGAAAAUAAUCGUCCUUUCGCUUCUUCGGUGUUUCAUUUCGUUCGCAACCGCUCGAGUGGACGGCCGCAAAAUAGAAAAGAAAACUGUCUUCUUCGGUGAAACGUGUGUGGAGAAGUGCGGCGCAUUUAGAAAGAAGAAACGCGCUCACUAAUUUCUUGUGCUUGUGCGAUUUUUUUCGGGACGUGAUCAAUUCCGGGUGUUGAGAAAAAAAAUGUGCUAAUACUGUUCCAUAGUGAUCGAAUACUCUGAAUCGAAGUGCUGUUUGUUCAAGUGCAGGGAGAUCGAAUCGUUGACGACGUAGCAGAUUCUUUGACCAGGUCCAUCCCACAACGGCCAACGGCUCCUAGAAUCAACAGGUGGCGAUCAUACCGCAUCAUCGAUCUACCGUGCUCCUUCUCCUCCUACUGCCAAGGACUCCAGAGACUCGAUGCGUGCAAAUUCAGUUCAACGAGCGCGACGAGCAACUGCGAAUCCAGUUUCAUUCCAAGUGCGAUAAAAGUCAGUUGAUUCAGAAAGAACGGUAGGCGCCAAAAUGGUACUGAAACAACGGGGAGCGGCCAUAGAGCUGCACUCUCCUACGGAGGAUGUGCUGGUCAGCCCGGGAACCGAGAGUUUGCCACCGAUCGAGAAUGGAGCCACCGCCGGUUCCGGGACGAUUGAUGGCGGCGGCGGAGGAAACGAACGUGUCAAAAUGAAGAAAGAACUGGGGCUGCUGGAAGGAGUGGCCAUCAUCUUGGGUAUUAUCUUCGGUUCGGGAAUUUUCAUCUCACCGAAGGGUGUGCUUCAGGAGGUUGGCGCCGUGGGGACUUCGUUGGUGAUUUGGGUGACGUGUGGGUUGCUGUCGAUGAUUGGCGCGCUGUGCUAUGCAGAACUGGGCACGGCGAUACCGAAAUCCGGUGGCGAUUAUGCUUACAUUUAUGAGGCUUAUGGCCCGCUUCCGGCGUUCCUAUAUCUUUGGGACGCAACGGUGAUAUUUGUACCGAGUACGAACGCCAUCAUGGGACUUACCUUCGCCAGUUAUGUGUUCCAACCGCUGUUUGCGGCCGGAUGUUCCGUCCCCACGAUAGGGCUGCAGUUGUUUGCCGCCGUGACGAUAUGUUUGCUCACGUACAUCAAUGCUUACGACGUCCGGGUGACGACCAAAAUGCAGAAUGUGUUCAUGUUCACCAAAAUCGGUGCUCUGGUGCUGGUCAUCAUCGUUGGUGUGGUGUGGAUGUCGCUCGGUGGAACGGAGAACUUUGAGAACGCCUUUGAGAACACGGAAACCGACCCCGGCAAGCUGGCGGUGGCAUUCUAUUCCGGUAUCUUCUCGUAUGCUGGAUGGAAUUACUUGAACUUCAUGACGGAGGAGCUUCGUGACCCGUACAAGAACCUGCCCCGAGCGAUCUACAUCUCUCUCCCGUUGGUCACCGGUAUCUACGUGCUGGCCAACAUGGCUUACGUUGCAGUUCUAUCGCCGCAGCAGAUUCUCUCAUCAGAUGCUAUCGCCGUGACAUUCGCCCAGAAGGCCAUGGGCUGGGGUGCCUUCGUGAUGCCCAUCCUGGUAGCUAUUUCGGCCUUCGGUGGUCUCUCCGUGCACAUCAUGACUUCAUCGCGAAUGUGCUUCGUCGGGGCCCGCAACGGACACAUGCCGGAGAUUCUCUCCCACAUCAACGUCAAUCGGUACACUCCGAUGCCGUCGCUGGUGUUCCUCUGCCUUCUCUCGUUGCUGUACCUAUUCAUCAGCGACGUGUACGUCCUGAUCACCUACAGCAGUAUCGUCGAGUCGUUCUUCAUCAUGCUCUCGGUGAGUGCGGUUCUGUACUUCCGCUACACCCGACCGGACAUCAACCGGCCGAUCAAGGUCCAACUGUGGGUCCCAACGCUGUUUGUUAUCAUCUGUGCGUUCCUGAUCGUGGUCCCGUGCUACGUGGCACCGUACGAAGUGGGCAUGGGUGUCCUCCUGACGCUGGCCGGUAUUCCCGUGUACUACGUCGGUGUGGCGUGGAAGAACAAGCCGGAAUCCUUCGAGAACGUCCUGCGCCGGGCGACACAGUUCUGCCAGAAGAUGUUCAUGACGGCCAAAGAGGAAAAUGAUGACGAGGAAUGAGAGGAGCAUGCCCGGUAAUGUACAGCUUACAGUUUUAAUUAGUAGUGCCGACGCAAAGUGAUAGUAGGUUCGACUAUUUUUUAAUUAGUUAACGUGACCAAACGAAAUUUUUAUUCUCGGACGAAAUUUAAAUCUCAAUCGUUAUAGAUCUGUUUUCAUCAAUUGACCAAAUUUUAGAUCAGUGCCAAAUAAGUUUGGAGUCGAUUUUGGAUCAUACACUCCCACGGUUUUUUGUUGCGAUGAAAUCGCGAAAUCAUUAGUCAAAAUUCAAAAUUUACUUUAUGUUUCCACAUGUGCGUCCAGUUCCAGUACUUACAAUUUAAGUCAGACAAAUCAAAUAAAAAUGUACUUUAUAAUCUCCAUUGCAUUUUGUGUAAGAGUCUCCAUCAACGAACCGGAAACCGAAGUGUCCCGGUCCGGUAUGAUACUUCUUCAUAAGAAGUCAAGCAAACGAAAGUGUAGAAUAUUUUCACUCAAUCCUAUAAUAGACCAAUGAGGUUUAAGCUAAAAACAAUACGCUUUUGAGCUUUUCUCUAUCAAACAUCACACCGAUCAAUUAGAAUCUCAUGCUCAUGCUAUAUGUUGUCGGACUUGCGGCGCCAGAUUGUAACAAGAGCUGGUUUGAUAUCUAGAAGCAAAACAUCUCACUAAAAGAGGGAAAGACAAAAGAUAAGACUAUUAUACAUACACAAACACUCGAAUAAAGCAAACUGCUCGUAGUUAGCCGUUGAAGUUGGCAUAGUGCGAGUAUGGAAGUUUUGAAUAGAAACGUAAGAGAUUGAAUAACAUAGGUUAAGUUUGCAAGCAAUGCCGACAAAUACCCAUUAUGAUAAUAAACCAUGCUAGAUUUUUUGUUAA